AUGGAUGUGAACCCAACGCAAGGUUCAACGCAACCAUACUCAGACCCAAGACGAAUGGGAUCACACAACUCAGGGCUUCAAGAUGAAGAUGUAUCUGAUAUCCUCUGCAUCCUCCAUCCUGGAUCUCCUUCAGCCCAUGAAUUAGUUGAUGCCACAGCGCGGCUUGACAAAGGUCAGCAGCAUAUCCUUCAACGGGAUGAAUUCGAGUACGACUCCGACGGCGCCUCUUCUCGAGAUAUCGCUCUUCGACUUUCUUCAUCCGUCAAAGAUUUGUCAUUGGGAUUCGUCUUUGGACGCAACCCACAACGUUGUGAUGUCUUGUUGAGCCCAGAAGUAACAUCCAGAACUAUAUCGAAUAUCCACUUUCGGAUUUUCGUCAAUGAUGAUGGUAUUUUGAUGCUACAAGACAUGUCUACCAACGGUACCGUUGUUGACGAUACUCGUUUGUGGAAAAGGAAUGGCCAGACUACUCGCAUGCUCGUUAACGGGUCUGUCAUAAUCGUGGCAUCUGACAAGAAGGAGGUUCGUUUUGUUGUGCGGAUACCAUCCCGCGACGGUUUCAAUGUUCAACACAGGGAGAAUAUGGUUGCAUAUAUACAGCGAGUUGCCAGGCAUACUGCUAAAGUCAAGAACCUCCAAGGCCGCACACCAGCGCUGCAACCGACACUUCAAUGGACAUUGGGAAAUCCCUAUGGAAUGCACUGGACUGGUGGCUCUAUUUACAAUGUUACUGGGCAGAUCGGAAAGGGCGCCUUUGCGACUGUGUACAAAUUAGCGACUAAACAAGACGGUGUUGUUUAUGCCGCAAAAGAGCUGGACAAACGCCGCUUCAUGAAGAAUGGUAUCUUGGACCAAAAAGUCGACAACGAGAUGAGAAUUAUGAGCGAUCUUCGUCACCCCAAUAUUGUCCAGUAUAUCGACCAUCAUGAACAUGAUAGAUGGAUUUAUAUUAUCAUGGAAUACGUGGCAUGCGGCGAGCUGUCGACAUAUCUUGCAGAAAAUAGUAGAAUUGCCGAGGAUAUGGUCAAGAGCAUUGCAAGACAACUCCUGCAUGCUUUGCAGUACCUUCAUAAGCGAAAAAUUACUCACCGUGACAUCAAGCCAGACAAUAUCCUUAUAUCAUCUCUCAAUCCUCUGCGGGUAAAGCUGUCAGAUUUUGGUCUUUCCAAAUCUGUCCAGGAGGAGACCUUAUUGAAGACGUUCUGCGGAACUCUCCUUUACUGUGCCCCUGAGGUGUAUCCGGAAUAUGAUAAUUACAGACAAGGCUCCAUGAGAAAGCGACGGCGACUGGGAGAUCCACCUCCACGAACUUCUCCCUAUAGCCAAUCAGUGGAUAUGUGGUCGCUCGGAGCGGUCCUUUUCCACAUUCUAUGUGGGACUCCGCCUUUCACAGGUCGCGCAGACGACAGAGGCGCACAUAUGCUGCGCACAAUCAUGACGACAGAAGUCGAGUAUGAUCUUCUACGAGAAGCGGGAAUAUCAGAGAAUGGCAUCGAUUUUGUCUCACAACUUCUGCGCAGAGAACCUCACGAUCGCCCUACAGAAAAGCAGUUGUUUAAACACGCAUGGAUCGCUGACGUCGCUGACAUAGAUGAAUACUCAGACGCAGAAAUCUCCGUAAACGAAGAAGAUGGUCUUCCCUUAAUCACGGAAGCAGUGGAGGAAGAAUUAGAUGCUUCUCAGCUGUCGAUCCACGAUAAUUUUGAAGAAUGCGCACUCUCUCAGACGGCCGGCUUUGGGGCGAACCAAAUGAAGCGCCCCCGUCUUGACCAGGAGGCCUCAGUUCGCUAUCCAUCUCUUCCCAGCAUACAAAGUUUCCCAGUGGUCACGGCGCGUCCCGAAAUGACAGACCAACGGCUCUUUGGCGAGAUUACUCCGUCUGCAUUGCGUAGCUCGGGGGUCUUCGACGGUCUAGGGCCGACCGAAUUCAGCUUCAGUAGCUUUCAAUCUUCUGGUGAGUCAAUGGGUGACGGCGAUGGGCUUGUGGCUCCGGUGCACUCGUUUCCGGUGCUCAAUUUUGAGGACUCUUCUCCUAGUCUACAAGGCGCCGAUAGCCUCGUUGGUCAUCUCAACAUGUCAUCGGGGAAUAACUCGCCCAAAGUUGUCACUGCUGUCGUAGAUGGCCAAGGCACAAACGAUCCAGUAUGGCACCGAGAGGUGACUCCGGCUAAUGAAGAUAUCUCGCGGUCAGGAAACAGCAGUCUCAAACCAAAUGAAGUUACACCAAAGGCUGCCCCCAUUAACCGACGCAUUGAACUUCCUCUACCCGACACCGCCAGCGAAAGUUCCUUCGCACGAGACGAAGAAUUGGGGAAGCAGCAACAAAACAUCCCUACGGAAGGGCAUAAUCUCGACGAACUCGCUACCACGAUUGACGCACGCACCGGAAAAGAAGUUCCAGAUGAAAUACCUGCCUCUACAUACCGGGAGACGCCAGAUGAGUAUUUGCUAAGGUCAGAGUCUGUCAUUAGAAGUAUUCCGCGAGCCUUACCGGGGACAACAUUUACGAAGCCUCUACCUUUGCUUGGCAAACUAAUCAGCGUUCCUGGUUCUGCUAUCGACCUGACCUUGAGGCUAGAGAGCCGCAUGACAUCUUGGGGCCGAGGACCGUACGCCACUGUUGUACAUCCUGAUCGAGAGGACACCCGCAUUCCGGCGUAUGCGAUCGAAGUCACGUUCUGGAGUCCUGGAAUUGAGGCGCGCAUCGCGGCAGGGACCAAUUGGAUGGAUAUGCCAGAUGUCAUGGCAAUUCUCUCUACCAAAACGCGCAAGUGCAUUUGGGUGAACGGAGUCGAGCUUCGCCGGGCCCCAGAGACAACAAACGACAAGGAAGCAUUUCAUUUUGGCAAACUAUACACAGACGAUGUAAUUACUAUAUUUGCAAAUGGCGACCAAUACCUGCGAUUCCGCUGCGAGUUUUACCACGGAGACAGUACGCAGCGACGGCCGGACUGUGAGAAGGGAUUCACAGUGCGUCAGGUACUGUAUCCAAAGAACGACUCGAAGCGAAACCAACUUGUCCAGCCUGGCCAGCACGACGAUGACAACAAGUUGUAUGCCUGA